GUAAAAUAUGGCUGCGCCCAUUUGACACUCGUGAACUCGAAGUUGAUUGUCUGACAUAGCUUUUGUUUUGUUUAAGUUAAACUUAUAGCAUUUUCCAGUACCCUACAGAUACAUAUGCAUUAAGUUUAAAAUGCACAUUUAUUGAUUCAUAUUUUGAGAUUUCAUUAAAGUUCAUUCGGUGUUCUAUUCAGUUAGAACACUCGUGAACUCGAAGUUGAUUGUCUGACAUAGCUUUUGUUUUGUUUAAGUUAAACUUAUAGCAUUUUCCAGUACCCUACAGAUACAUAUGCAUUAAGUUUAAAAUGCACAUUUAUUGAUUCAUAUUUUGAGAUUUCAUUAAAGUUCAUUCGGUGUUCUAUUCAGUUAGCCUACGUGUUGAUUGUCCCAUUUGUAGCCUUGAUGGUCUAAAAAAAUAUAGUUCUAGAUUUUAACCCUUGAUUAAAUUUUGACGACGUCGAUCGACGUUCUCACGUAAUGUACAUGCGGUUGAUGUGACAAAUGCAACAAUCCUGAUAAAACAUCACAGAUUGGUAAAAUUCAGCUUUUAAAGAAGUUUGACUGAUUUAGUGAGCUAUGCUGGCCCACAUUAGAAGAACUUUUGCCAAUGCAAGAGUUGUAAGGCAUCUCUCUACAUUUGUACGUUCAGAGUUUGGAAAGAAAGCCAAACCAUGGAGAUGGGUGAUGACAGGCGUGGCAGGCACAUCUCUGACCAUGGUGGCAUUGUAUAGUGGUAUGAGACCCAGGGGUGUGCUGGCAGCAACUUUACUGGACAACAAGGACUGGAUGUCUUCCCCCAUCACUGACCCUAAAGAAAUGGAGAAGAAUCCGGACCUUAUGAGAAUCAAAAUGGAGAUGAUGAUAAUGGAUAUUCAGCGUGUGUUCUGCAGGGCUCUUGAAGCAGAGGAAGAUGGGAAGAAAUUUCAGGUGGAUAAAUGGUCCCGAAAAGAGGGAGGUGGAGGUAUUACCUGCGUGUUACAAGAUGGUCGCGUGUUUGAAAAAGCUGGUGUCAACAUCUCUGUUGUCACUGGCAACCUGCCCCAACAGGCUGUUCAACAGAUGAAGUCAAGGGGAAAGACACUUUCAGGGAAAAAUUUGCCCUUCUUUGCCACAGGAAUCAGUAGUGUUAUUCACCCUAGGAACCCCAACGUUCCGACGGUGCAUUUCAACUAUCGCUACUUUGAGGUGACCGAUGAGGAGGGAAAGAAGCACUGGUGGUUUGGAGGGGGCACCGACCUCACGCCCUACUAUCUGGAUGACGCUGAUGUGGAGCAUUUCCACAAGACCCUGAAGCAAGCCUGUGACAAGCACAGUACAAGCUACUACCCGGACUUCAAGAAGUGGUGUGACUCGUACUUCUUAAUUCCGCACAGAGGUGAGACCAGGGGCGUGGGUGGAAUAUUCUUUGAUGAUCUGGAAGACGGGGACCCAGAGGAUCUCUUCAAGUUUGUAUCGGAUUGUGCAGCCGCCGUUACCCCUUCAUAUCUUCCACUUGUGAAGAAAAACAAAGAUAAAGCAUAUGGAUAUAAAGACAGACGCUGGCAGUUACUGAGAAGAGGUCGGUACGUGGAGUUCAACCUUAUCUAUGACAGAGGCACCAAGUUUGGUCUUAACACACCUGGGGCCAGAUACGAGAGCAUCCUUAUGUCCCUGCCACUAAAUGCUAGCUGGGAGUAUUGUCACAAGCCCGAGCCCGGCUCAGAAGAGGCCCGACUGACAGAGGUGUUACAGAACCCCCGGGACUGGGUGUAGAUCCAGGGGUGUGGAUGUCCAUUGUUGAUGCUACCAUCAUGCUUAGCUGCUACGUUCAUUCUAUGCAUUGAUCAAUCAAUUGUGGUUGGCCUGAUUUGAUUGUUAUAUAAUAUACUCACUUAUUUGUCGGUGUAAAUGUCUGGGCUUUGUUUAAAGUAAGCAGGCAACAUCUCCAUAUCACAGUUUCUCCGACAGGUAUUCAAUUGAAACUUGUCAUAUGUGUCUUGUUGUGUGAAAAUUGGGCAAAAUGCAUCUGUGUAAAGUG